AUGAUUCGCACCUUGCGCAUCGCCGAGGAGGUCACUUACACCUUCGAUCACGGAUCUAAAGAAAAAGUCGGUGAGCUCAGCGACGAGAAGAUCCAAAUUCUGGGCAGGGCGUUGUCAAGGCAGGUGGACGAAUGGAAAGUGUCUCUUCCACCAGGGGUCUUCAACAUUGGUCGUAUAAAACGCUCUUAUUACAGCGUUCGAGCAUACAUGCGCGAGGUCGGGCUUUAUGGCCUGCUCCAAGGCCAAGCGCCGUCCGUGGCGCGCGUGUCGAUCAUCUACGACUGCUUCAACUCCACCAUGAAAUACCUUUCGUCGGUCCUCGAGUGCCCCCUGGACGAGAUGGCCGACUGGACAGCUCUGGACUGGCGCUCCCUGAAUUUCAUCAUCAUGCUGUCCACCAAAUCAUCCAUCAUUCUCGACUCGGCCUACGUUAGCACCGAAGCAUCCCAACGGGCUGCCUGGCUGGGAAAAUGUCUAGACACACUAUGCCUAAGAGCCCAAGAACUUCACCGUCUCAAAACUGAGAGUUGCAGCUAUUUUCAAAAGAUCUCGACUGAAUGGGCCAACAUGAAGGUCUAUCAUCAGAACUGCCUCCAAAGAAGCCUUCCAUCUUCGACCGCAGCGAAUGGGGCCCAGAUGUCAACGCAACUGGCUACCCAGGAACACCAACCAUGCCAUGUUCCCUAUGUCGACAACGCCUUUGACCUGGACCCGUUCAAUGAGCUGUUUUGGGCCGGAUUCGCCGACUCUGAGCCGGGCCUGGGUGGUGUUUUCCCAAUGUAA